AUGCUGGUCACAGAGUACAAACUUACAGUUAUAAGGAAAAAGUUUGAGGAUCUAAUGUACAGCAUGGUGCAAGGAACCAUUUUCCCAGCUCCCAAUUUCAAUCCCAUAAUGGAUGCCCAAAUGCUAGGGGGAGCACUCCAAGGAUUUGGCUGUGACAAAGACAUGCUGAUCAACAUUCUAACUCAACGCUGUAAUGCACAAAGGCUGAUGAUUGCAGAGGCAUACCAGAGCAUGUAUGGCCGGGACCUAAUUGGUGACCUGAAGGAGAAGCUUUCAGAUCACUUCAAAGACAUCAUGGUUGGCCUCAUGUACCCACCGCCAUCUUACUUUAUAUUUCUCCCUUUCUCUGUAUUACAGGGAGCAGGCACUGAAGAAAAUUGCCUCAUUGAUAUUUUAGCUUCAAGAACAAAUGGAGAAAUUUUCCAGAUGCGAGAAACCUACUGUUUGCAAUAUAGCAGCAACCUUCAAGAAGACAUUUACUCAGAGACCUCAGGACACUUCAGAGAUACGCUCAUGAACCUGGUCCAGGGAACCAGAGAGGAAGGAUAUACAGACCCUGCUCUGGCUGCUCAGGAUGCAAUGGUCCUGUGGGAAGCCUGUCAGCAGAAGACAGGGGAACACAAAACCAUGCUGCAAAUGAUCCUGUGCAACAAAAGUUAUCAACAACUGUGGCUGGUUUUCCAGGAAUUUCAAAAUAUUUCUGGGCAAGACAUAGUAGAUGCCAUUAAUGAAUGCUAUGAUGGAUACUUCCAAGAGUUGCUAGUUGCAAUUGUUCUCUGUAUUCGAGACAAACCAGCCUAUUUUGCUUAUAGACUAUAUAGUGCAAUCCAUGACUUCGGUUUCCAUAAUAAAACCGUAAUCAGGAUUCUAAUCGCCAGAAGCGAAAUAGAUCUGAUGACCAUCAGAAAACGAUACAAAGAGAGAUACGGAAAAUCCCUGUUUCAUGACAUCAAAAAUUUUGCUUCAGGGCAUUAUGAGAAAGCUCUGCUUGCCAUCUGUGCCGGUGAUGCUGAAGACUACUAA